ACCACUCAAGAAACAACAACAUAUACAAACCAACCAACCCACCCUUAAACGAAGGAAAAAAUGGCUACACCUUAAAACAAGCACUUGUAUUUAUUACACGUACCACCUUCUUUUACAUUUAGAAUAUCUGUCUUUUGCCCACACCAUAUAUUUGUUUUUCAUAUGAUUCUUAGAAUAAACAACAAUGAUUUCCCUGAACAAAGAAUGACUGGUUAAGUUAAAUUCAAACAAGUUCUGAUGAUGGUGUAUAACACUCAGGAUUACUGGGUUUUUGGACUUUGUCCAUCAUCCAGUAUUCUAAAGAACACAAUGUUUUUAAAACUGGAUCUGUUUCUGUCCUCAGGUGAGGUGGUGGGAGGCACGUACUCCUUUGUGUUUGUUAGGGAAAGCUAACCUCAAUUACUAGAUGAUGGGUGAUAUCCAUUAGAAAUAGCUAUCCUAAAUCACUGGAUUUUUUAGUAUUAUGUGAAUGAUAUUCAGGUUUCAUGGGGCUAAAAGUCAGUUUCACUGGAUCCUUAUAACAUAAUAUUGAACAUCCAUUAUCUUUUUGCCCUCUCAAAUCUUAUAGUAGUAUACCCUUGUCAGUAGGUAAUACUGUAGUUGCCAUUUAUAUGAAAUAGUUGCUCUAGUGAAGAAGGUAUAUCUGUAUUUUGGUCAGUGACAUUUUGUUCUUUAGUACAGGUCAUACCCCAUCAAAACCUACAGUGUUUUUCCAUGUAAUAUUUGUGUUCAGUACAUUUUCACCAUAAUUUUAAAUACUGCAGAGGCAUAUUAAUCCUUAAAGAAAACCUCAGGCUAUAAUAUGGCUCACAUAGGUAGAAAUAUGAGAUAUGUUAUUAUUGUAUGAUAUGUUGCUGACUCUUGUGAUUUGGACCAGAUGAAUAAAAGAUGCUCUGUAAGUUCCCUCCAACACACUCAUUCAAGGCUAAAUCAAUCACUGAGUGUAUAAACAUGUGGGUCAUAUCCAUUUAAUAAGAAGUGCAACAUAAAUGAGUUGGCAGCCAAUACGCUCUCCUCUACCAAACAAACAUGUGUGACGACUUCAUGUGAAUGAAUAUCUGAUUUUGUGGCGCAGCAUGACAACAGUUGAUUCAGAGAGAGCAGGAGGGAUGAGAUGCUGUCCUACAUGUCAACUUGCAAUAUCAAAAAACACAGGAAAACUCAAAUGGCAUCUACUGGCUGGAAGGGAGGAAUCAGAGUGGCAGCAGAAGAAGAUGAGACUAAUGCUAAUCAUAUUACUCCUGGUAUUACUCCCAGUGGGACUUGUUCUCGUUGCUCUCUCGCAUGUAUGGACUAAGGACAGCAGUGUCCCAAACACUCAUUCAAAUGAACAUACUGCAUUCAACAUGCAUGUAAACCAGAUGUCAUAUGCUCCUGAAAGAACAGAACUAGAGGGCAGAGGUAGAGAUGUGAUACAAGAUCUGCAAACAAAGUUUGUUCCACCGUUAACAUCCUACUAUAUGAUUAGGCAGAAGAAAAGAACAACAAAUGCAGAUGAAGUACAUAUGUUGGAGACAUAUAAGGAAAUCAACCAGGACUACCAGAUGCCUAUGCCAUAUGAAGCAGAAUACUAUGACCGAGUGGCAGCCAAUUAUCCUGAUGAAACAUCUGAUGCAAAUUAUGAAAUGGAUGAUACUCAUUACAGCCAUGAGGACACUGACAAGAGUGCUGUCUCCAAUGAUCCUGUUGUGGUGAAACGCCACUACUUCCCAUGGGAGGAUGUUGAUGAUUAUUACCACCCAUCAAGAGAAAGAGAAGAAAGACAAUAUGAAAACUAUGGUUUGGGGCAAGAAGCUUGGCUUGCACCUCAGGACAGUGCUCCAGGAGAAAAACUAGAUUUCCACUCUUUCUGGAAGGGUGAAUGGGACUAUCAUACAAUCAGACUUGCUCAAGCAAAGGCGAUGUCAAGUUAUAUGGAUCUCAAUGCAGACCCAUGCCAUGAUUUCUAUCAGUAUGCAUGUGGUAACUGGGGGAUAGAAAAUCCCAUUCCAAAUGAUGAAACUGCAUAUGAUACAUUUGAAAUUCUACGUGAAAACCUGGAUGCUGUGCUAAAAAAGCUUCUGGAGGAGCAACCAACCAACAAAUAUCAUGCUUUAUCAUCUAAAAUUUGGCGAAAUGAUGCCAUCACUAAGGCAAAGUAUCUCUUCCAGUCCUGCAUGAACUAUGAUAUCCUGGAGCAAAGAGCAGAACAGCCAUUAUUGAAUCUGCUUGACCAACUCGGUGGCUGGCCAAUGCUAAAGCCUGAUUGGGACAGUUCACAGUUUGAUUGGGUGCUACUCAUGGCACAGUUAAAGCUCUUCGGUAAUGAUGUCCUUAUCUCAGAGUGGGUUGGACCAGACAUCAAGAAUUCUGAUGAGUAUGUAAUUCAGUUUGAUCAGACCAGCCUUGGGUUGCCUACAAAGGACUACUUCCUGCAGCCAUCCAAUAAGAUGUACCUGGAAGCUUAUAAGAAUUACCUUAUCAAGAUUUCAACAUUACUAGGGGCUCCUUUAGAUGAUGCAAGCCAACAAGCUGAAGCCCUAAUUAAUUUUGAGACUAGGCUUGCCAAAAUUACUUCAGCGCCAGAUGAGCGUCAGAAUUUGAGUGAGUUGUACCAAAGGAUGAGUGUUGGAGAGCUAAGGCAACUUGUUCCUCAAAUAGACUGGGUUCAGUAUCUCAGUUUGGUGUUGGCUCAUCGUGUUAGCAUCUCAGAACCAGUUGUUGUCUUUGCACUGAAGUACAUCCAGGACCUUGUUACUCUUCUUGGUAAAACACCAUCAAGGACAGUAGCAAACUAUUUGCUAUGGAGAUUUGUCAGGCACCGAGUAAGUAACUUGGAUGACCGUUUCCGAGAAGCGAAGCAGCAGUUUUAUUAUAUCUUGUUUGGAAGAGAACAGGCGCCACCACGGUGGAAGGACUGCAUUUCUGAGGUGAACGACUACUUUGAUAUGGCACUGGGGGCCAUGUUUGUAAACAAAUAUUUUGAUGAGAAAAGCAAGAGUGAUACUGUUGAGAUGACAAAAGAAAUUAUGCAAAGCUUCCUAGAAUUGCUCAGUGAAACAGACUGGCUUGAUGAAGAAACUAAGGACAUGGCUGCCCAAAAACUGAAUGCAAUGACGCUCCGGAUUGGAUAUCCUGAUUUCAUUCUUAAUCGACAACUCUUAAAUGAACGAUACAAGGAUGUGGUGAUUCGACCAGACCAGUAUUUUGAAAACACGCUCAACAUCCUUCAGCACCUGACAAGGGAAGAACAAGAUCGCUUAGGCACUCCUGUUAACAAAUCCCUAUGGGACACAGCGCCAGCAGUUGUCAAUGCUUAUUAUAGUCGAAAUAAGAAUCAGAUAAUGUUCCCAGCAGGAAUUUUGCAGCCUCCAUUUUACCAUCGCUUUUUCCCACGUAGCCUUAAUUAUGGAGGCAUUGGUGUUGUGAUUGGGCAUGAAAUAACACAUGGAUUUGAUGACAAAGGCCGGUUGUUCGAUAAGGAUGGGAAUUUGCAUCAGUGGUGGCAUGAAGAAGCUAUAGAAGAAUUUCAUGAUCGUGCUCAGUGCCUAAUUGAUCAGUACAGCCAUUACACAGUGAGGGAGGUAGCAAUGCAUGUCGAUGGUAUCAGCACUGAGGGAGAAAAUAUAGCUGACAAUGGUGGCAUAAAGGAAGCUUUCAGGGCUUAUCAGAGAUGGUUGGAUGAAAAUGGAGAUUUUAAUGAGACACUUCCAGGUAUAAAUGCAACAGGAGAUCAAUUAUUUUUCCUGAACUUCGCUCAAAUUUGGUGUGGUGCAAUGAGGCCUGAAGCCACACGUAAUAAACUUCAGACAGGUGUCCACUCGCCUGGGAAGUUCAGGGUGAUUGGAACCUUAUCCAACUCUGAAGAUUUUGCAUCUGUUUUCAACUGCAAACUUGGCACGCCCAUGAACCCCAUCAAGAAAUGCUCUGUAUGGUGAUUAGGCUUCUGGGA